AGAAAAGGUCUUUGAUUGACCAAUCACCAUCUUGAUUAUUUUUCUCACAAAUCCAUUUAUUUUCUCUAUAAAUACAUCCAUCUAAAUCAAAACAGAUCAUUGUCCCAAAAUACAAGCAAAAUACAAAGAUGACGUUUCACAAAAUCUUUUUUGUAAUCUCUCUGAUGCUCGUUGUCUCAUUAGUUAAUGCUGUUGACUACUCGGUCGUCGACAAUUCCGGUGACUCUACCGGAGGAAGGAGAUUCCGGGGAGAGAUCGGUGGCAUAAGCUACGGCACACAGACACUAAGAUCUGCGACAGACUUUGUGUGGCGUUUGUUCCAACAAACCAACCCUUCAGACAGAAAGUCAGUUACAAAGAUCACACUGUUCAUGGAGAACGGUGACGGAGUAGCGUACAACUCUGCAAACGAGAUACAUUUCAACGUGGGAUAUCUCGCGGGUGUAUCGGGAGAUGUAAAGAGGGAAUUUACCGGUGUAGUUUAUCAUGAGGUGGUCCAUUCUUGGCAGUGGAACGGUGCGGGUCGGGCUCCGGGUGGGCUUAUCGAAGGGAUAGCGGAUUACGUGAGGCUGAAAGCGGGUUACGCUCCAAGUCAUUGGGUCGGGCCUGGUCGUGGUGAUAGGUGGGAUCAAGGUUAUGACGUUACCGCGAGGUUCUUGGAUUAUUGUAACGGUUUGAGGAAUGGGUUUGUGGCCGAGCUGAACAAGAAGAUGAGGAAUGGUUAUAGUGAUGGCUUCUUCGUUGAUUUGCUUGGGAAAGACGUGAAUCAAUUAUGGAGAGAGUACAAGGCCAAGUAUGGUCAAUGAAUACAAACGAUACAAAAUAAUCUCAAUAUGGUAAUGAAAAUAAAAUAAAAUGGUGAAUAAAAUGAAAAAUAUGGUGUUGUUAAGUUUCUAUUGGAAAACACAUACAUUACACUCUUUGUAUUAAAAUAUAAGCUCUUGCUAAAAAUGGUAUUGUAUGUUUAGUCAAAGAAAAUAUAUUGGGGGUUGAUUUAGAACGUUAUGUCACUGUUUAUUCGUAAUCGUGGCCGAAUAAAAACUCUUUCUUGUAAUUGUCCAUUAAGGUAUGUGAGAAGAAAAAAGAAGUAAAAUCUAUGGGAAUAUAAAGUUAACGUCUCG